UCACCGUAAACCCUUUGCUUUCAAUUCCCACCCCCUCCUUCCUUAUCCUCAUUCCCUUCAAUUCAAAACCCUUUCUCUUCUUCUCUCUGUUCUUACGGUUACAUGUCUAUCAUCACUGGCUUCAAAUCCCUAACUACCAUGGCAGAAUCAUGCCUUCUCUCUCCUCCUUCCUCUCUCUUCCAUUCCAAACACAUCACCCAUUCAAAUUCCAAACCCCACCACCACACUCUCUUCAAACUCGCUUCUCCAUUCCCUUCCCUCUCUCUUUCUCUCACCGCAAGGCGCCAUCAUCACGUGCUCACUCACGUGGCCCAAACCUCCGACUGGGCCCAGCAAGAGGAAGACAACACUCUCACCUUGGAACAGCAAGAAGCUGAAGAACCUGCACUUUCCGAUUGGGAACCCAGCGCUGAAAUCGUAGGCGAAGCUGAAGUUGCUGAAGCCGAAGACGGAGACGAAGAAGAAGAAGAAGAAGAAGGAGAAGAAGAAGGAGGGGAUUUUGUUGAGCCACCAGAGGAGGCGAAAAUCUUCGUUGGAAACUUGCCUUAUGACGUUGAUAGCCAGAAACUCGCCAUGCUUUUCGAGCAAGCUGGAACCGUUGAAAUUGCCGAGGUUAUUUACAACAGGGACACUGACCAAAGUCGCGGGUUUGGCUUCGUGACAAUGAGUACUGUCGAGGAAGCUGAGGCUGCUGUGGAUAAGUUCCACCGCUAUGAUUUAGGUGGAAGACUGUUGACUGUUAACAAGGCUUCUCCAAGAGGAGAGCGACCUGAACGCCCACCCCGUUCAUUCGAACAGGCUUUUAGAAUCUAUGUUGGUAACUUGCCUUGGGAUGUUGACAAUGGUCGCCUGGAGCAGAUUUUCAGCGAACACGGUAAGGUUGUGAAUGCUCGCGUAGUGUAUGACAGAGAAACUGGACGAUCACGCGGCUUUGGUUUUGUCACAAUGACUGACGAGAGUGAAAUGAACGAUGCAAUUGCUGCUCUUGAUGGCAGGUAUUUCAAUGGAAGGGCAAUAAGAGUGAAUGUUGCUGAGGACAGACCCAGACGCUCUUUUUGAGUAUUAGCUCAUGUAAUCAACAACCAUGGCAGCUGCUGGAGUUUUUUGUUUUUAUAUAGCGCUGAGAAUAUAGUGUCAUUUUUUCUGAAAAAUAUUUCCUCUCCUGGGCAACCGGUUCCAAAUUAAGUUAACACAUUCUAUUGUCAUUAUUUUAUAGCUGUAAUUCUAAUUUUCCUCAGAUUCUGAA